AUGGGCUUUUGGUUUUGGUGUCCAGGAUAUGGAUUUCGCUCCAUCUAUCCCGUUAUCUUUACAGUUGGCUUUCUCCUAUGCCUACCCGUUCACGCGGAUGCGCUGGCGCAACCGCUAGAGUACAACCUAGAUCCGCACGUUAGUCAUUCCCGCAGCGAUGGACAGCAGAAAUUACUCAAUGAUCUCCCGGAGUCGAUUCCAUUGCGAGGUUUUGGUUCGGAACCACAGAAACGCAUACAAGCCGACGGAGCUCCCACGGACACACUGAAGAAGCUGCUAGACGCCCUGGAUGUUAUGCAAUCAUCAUAUUUUGAAAUUUGGGAAGGGACCUGGCCAACAAGCAUUGACUGGACCGCAGCAGUUUUGGCAACACACGUCUCUGCCACACUCUCCGCACUGAGUACGAAUCUCGGUGCUGUCCUAAAUGACAGUCAACCGGUUGCCGCGGGCGGCUUUACCACUCCCAAGUCCGAACCUUUCGACACUCUUGUCUACGAAAACCUGAUAAAUCAUUAUUUUCUUCAGCUGUCGACUUUUUAUUUUGGGGAAAACGCCUUUAGCUUGAGAAUGCAGGCGUACGAUGACAUGUUGUGGGUGGUCCUAGACUGGUUGGAGAACAUUAAGUUCCAAAAUACACAUUCAAACUUAUAUUACUCUUCAUACUCCAAGGCGAAUGAAAGCUUGCAAUCAUCCUGGUAUGGUACCGAGUUCAGAAGGCCUGCUGCUCACAGAGCUCGAUUGUUCUACGAGCUAGCUUCGCAGGGAUGGGAUACUGCCUUGUGCAAUGGCGGUAUGAUUUGGAGCCCAUACCUAGAGCCGUACAAAAAUGCAAUUACCAACGAACUUUUCAUCUCUGCGAGCAUUGGAAUGUAUCUAUAUUUCCCUGGAGACGAUAUCGACUCACCCUUAGCUUCCAGAUCCUCUUCAGGCGUUAUCUCCAAGCCCCAUAACCCUGACUAUCUGAACUCUGCGAUUACCGCAUACCGGUGGCUCAGAAACUCAAACAUGACAACCAAAAAUGGGCUCUAUGCCGAUGGUUUCCAUAUAAAUGGAUGGGUAGAUAAACCUAAUCCUGGCACUAAGAAAUGUGACGUUUUGGAUACGAUGGUGUACACUUACAACCAAGGAGUUAUACUCAGCGGAGCCCGGGGUCUUUGGCUUGCUACUGGGGAUAAAAGCUACCUAGAAGAUGCCCAUCAACUAAUAGAGAAUGUGCUCAAGGCGACCGGGUGGCCUGACACAUCAAAUCAGGAAUGGCAAGGGUUGGGACGGGCUGGAGUUCUCGAGGACGUUUGCGACAGCUCGGGGACAUGCUCCCAAAAUGGGCACACGUUCAAAGGCAUUUUCUUCCAUCACUUUGCUGAAUUCUGCCGUCGUAUCUCUCCCGAAGAAGAACAAUUUCUAUCUUCGUCACUUCACAAGCAAACGGCUAAAUAUUCCCCACCCGGAAGGCAGGACUACGACUGGCAUCAAGAGAAAUGCGCUGCCUAUUAUUCUUGGAUCAAACACAACGCUCAGGCUUCAUACAUGACAAAAAAUGAACAAGGAAAGUUUGGUAUGUGGUGGGGGAAACAGUAUCCAUACAACGAUACAGAUUCCAACCAGAUAUCCCCUUUACCAGAGGGUGCUAUCGAUCGCAUGAAUGAAGGGCCAUUCUCAGGUGAUGGUGACGAGCCCUAUCACCAUCCAAAAGUAGGCACACACGAUGAAAUUUGCGUUAGAGGGCAUCGAAUGUCUCCAGUAGAAGAAAAAAAGAAGAAAGAAACAUCCGUCAUAGAUCCCGACAACGUGGAUUUGGCAUUCUCAAAAGAUGUGAAUGAUCGUGGCCGGGGCCGUACCGUUGAAUCCCAAUCUGGUGCAGUGGCCGUUCUACGGGCAUUGUACCAAUGGGAGAAUUCUCGUUAA